GGUGAUAAAGCAAACAGCCACUGGGAAACUCCUCCUAGUUCCAUUCGUUCCAGAUGACUAGGAAUUCAUCAGCUGGUUCCAACCAAACCCCCACUUCUCUCUCUCUCUCUCUAUAUAUAUAUAUAUAUAUAUGUAUGUAUGUAUGAUGGAGUGUUUUGACACGGGUUAUCCGCGAUUCAAAAUGGGGGCUUUAUUAUAAGUUGGAAGGAGAUUAUUAAUAUUACCGUUAAAGAGGACUUGGGAAGUCCUAGGAUUAUGCAGUUUCUGUUUGCAGCAAGUGUUUUUGGUUAAUUAGAUUACGUACUAUUUAUUCACAACAUUCGUAGCCUUUGAGGACUCUAAAUAGGAUUCGUUCUUGAAUUUUUUAACCUUCUAGACACAAUCCCCCCCCCCCUCCCCUAUACAUAUACAUAUAUGUAUAUAAGCAGAGAGAGAGAGAGAGAGGGAGGGAGGGAAGUGUAUGUUAGUUUGUUGGGUGGUUUCAGAUGGGUUUCUUCUGUUAGCUAACCACAGGGAGGGUGCUUGUUUGCAUGAUAAGUAGAGCAUUUGAAGGGUUUGAAACUCCCAAGGGCUUCAUUGUUCAGAGAGUAUCAACGAUUGAUCAUUCAUCAAAUCACAGGCUUUUUCUGGGUUCAUCCAAGGAACCAAACAAAACAAAAGGAGAGAAUAAUCAGAGGCUUCUGGUUAGAGAUGGGCUUCUCCAUGCACAUCAACAAACUGGCUCCUUCCCUAACUUUGAUGCUACUGCUCAUUUGGGCCUUAAAUUUCAACCACAUUGAAGGAGGAGAACUAGCAACCACUUCCACAAGCUCUGGACCAGGAAGAAGUUUGCUUCAAACAGUAAAUGCCUCAGAACCCAUUAAACAGAAAGAUUAUACUGUGAGGGUGGAUCCAUUAGAUCACUUCAAGAAAUAUAGAGGAGGAUAUGACAUAACAAAUAAACAUUAUUGGAGUUCAACUGUAUUUACAGGAAAAUAUGGAUAUGUCAUUGGGGUGCUGUGGCUUUUGUGUGGAUUAGUCUAUGGAGUAUUUCUACUGGCAACAAUUUUCCGUUUCAAAAACAGGGAUAGAAAGCUGAGGAAGAGAAAGCCUUGCAACAAGCAAAGCUGUCUCUGGCCAAUUAUUUUGGGAACAUCCUUUACAGUUAUAGCAAUGGUUCAAACAGGGUUAGUUCUUGCGGGGAAUGCAAAGUUUCAUUCAAGAGCAAAAACCGUGGUUGACAUUAUCAUUGAUACGGCGAAUGAGGCAUCAGAAACCAUAUAUAACACAACUGGAGCGAUGAAAGACAUAGGCAGCAACCUGGAAGUAUCUAACGCAGAUACUAAGGCCGUUGGCUUCCUCAACUCCACAUCCCAUAAGCUCAACUCAGAAGCUGCAGACAUUCAAAGACAAGCCAAGAAGAACAGACAUUCAAUUGACUAUGAUUUGAAGAUAGUGUAUGUAAUAACGAUAGUAACUAUCUCAGUCAACUUGGUUGCAGUGAUUGCCCUGUCAGCUUUUGGAAUCCUGAGAUUUCGAAGAGCACUUUAUGUGUUUAUUGUACUCUGCUGGUUGCUCACGGUUCUGUGCUGGUUUUUCUUUGGGCUGUAUUUCUUCUUAGAAAAGUUUGAGGAAGACACCUGCACUGCUCUUGAAGACUUCCAAAAAGAUCCAUACAACAGCAGCUUGAGCUCAAUUCUCCCCUGUGAAGAACUGCUUUCGGCAAAGUCAGUCCUAUCAGAUGUUAGUGCAGGGAUUUACAACCUAGUGAAUGAGGUAAAUGCGAACUUAUCUGUAUCAUAUUCAAGCAUUGUUCAGGUCUGCAAUCCUUUCUCAGCACCACCGACGUACCAAUACCAGCCAGAGAACUGUCCAGACAGUACAAUCAAGAUCCACGACAUUCCUCAGGUACUGAAGGAGCUUGUUUGUUCUGAUUCAAAUAAUGGAACCUGUGAAGGUAUAUACAUCUCCACUAAAGAUUUUAAAACAGUGGAGGCUUACUCAAAUUCAAUUCAGGAUCUCCUAAAUGCAUAUCCGGGUAUGGAGAAUCUGGUUGAAUGCCAGUCAGUAAAAGAUGCUUUCUCCGAGAUACUUCACAAACACUGCAAACCAUUGAAGAGAAACACACGGAUGGUGUGGGCAGCAAUGGUUUUUCUCUCAGUAAUAAUGGUGCCUUUGGUUCUAAUAUGGACAGCUGAAGCCCAUCACCAGCAACAACAUAUUUCAGAGGGUUCAGUGAAACCUCAUUCCACAACAGCAAAUGUGAUGGAAGCUGGAGUAGCAAAAGCAACCGCAGACCAUUCAAAUCCUAAUUUAGUCCAUUAAAUACCCCAUAAAUUUGCUAGAAAAUGGAAAACUCGAGUUCCGGAAACCAUUGCAAAGGAUCAAGAUUCAAUCUUGCAAAGCAAGAAAAAGACAGGAGACAGAUAAAGAAGAAUUACAACAUUCAAACACCAUAUAGGAAAUGAGAUGAUUAUAGAUACAACAAGUUUUGUAUAGCUGAACUGAAUAUACAGUUCUCUCUUUCUUGUACUCCAUAGGAGGCCAAAAUGGGGACAAACCCCUCAAUGGCAUGACAGGAUAGUUAUCAAUGAAUGACAAAUUCAUGCUUUUUGAUUUC